CGUCCGCCUCCUCCACCGCCGCUCUCCAAAGCCGAGACGCGCCACAGCCACCGCCGCCGCCGUCAGUGCGGGCAUGACAUAUCCUGGCAGCAGCAGUUGUGGGCUUCCGUCCGCAUGCUUUUAAGCAGAUCACAACAGGCAGAGGAAGACAAGUAAAGAGUAAAAGAAGAAAAAGAAGAAGAACAGAGAAGUGACUCAUUUCCACCGCUGCCGUGCGUCGAGAGGAGCAGAUGAGUCAAUGGCAGGGGCACAGCCUGGAGUUCAUGCGCUGCAGCUCAAGCCAGUGUCCGUGCCCGAGAGCCUCAGAAAGGGCAACAAAUUUAUGAAAUGGGAUGAUGAUUCUACUACUGUGACCCCGGUGACUCUGACAGUUGACCCCAAAGGUUACUUCCUGUACUGGACAGACCAGAACAAGGAUACAGACCUACUGGAUAUAGCGUACAUAAAAGAUGCCCGAAAUGGAAAGUGUACCAAGUCGCCAAAGUAUCUUCAGGAUGUUCUCAGCAGACAGGAAGCGAGUGGAGACAGCCCUGGAAAACUGCAACCUCCCUUCUGGCAGAAAUGACUCCGUCCCCCAGGAAGACUUCACUCCAGAGGUGUACAACAUGUUUCUGAGCAACAUCUGCUCCCGAUCUGAGCUGGACCACAUCUUCUCUGAUGUGGGGGCUAAGAGCCGUCCAUACCUGUCGGUGGAGCAAAUGACAGAGUUCAUCAACAGUAAACAACGAGACCCUCGUCUGAAUGAGAUUCUCUACCCUCCUCUUAAACCAGAACAGGUCCAGCAGCUGGUGGAGAAAUAUGAACCUAAUGCUUCGCUGGUUCAGAAAGGUCAGAUCUCGGUUGAGGGCUUUGCCAGGUAUCUGAACGGGGAGGAGAACAGUAUCAUCCCCCCUGAGAAGCUGGACCAGAGUGAAGACAUGACAUUCCCCCUCUCCCACUAUUUCAUCAACUCUUCACACAACACAUACCUCACAGCCGGCCAGCUCGCAGGGAACUCCUCAGUUGAGAUGUACAAGCAGGUUCUCCUGUCUGGAUGCCGCUGCAUUGAACUGGACUGCUGGAAGGGUCGCACCACAGAGGAAGAGCCCGUCAUCACCCACGGCUUCACCAUGACAACUGAAAUCUCCUUCAAGGAGGUGAUCGAGGCUAUCGCAGAGUGUGCUUUCAAGACCUCGCCCUUCCCUAUCAUUCUGUCUUUUGAGAACCACGUGGACUCGCCAAAGCAGCAGGCCAAGAUGGCCGAGUACUGCCGGUCAAUAUUUGGAGACGCUUUGCUGACAGAACCUCUGGAGAAAUAUCCUCUGGAGUCCGGUGUCCCACUACCCUGCCCGAUGGAGCUCAUGGGUAAAAUCUUGGUGAAAAACAAGAAGAAACACCACAAGACAAACGGAAGUACCAAGAAGAAAUUGUCGGAGCAGGUUUCCAACACCUACAGUGAUUCUUCCAGUGUGUGUGAGCCUUCCUCCCCGAGCGCAGGUUCAACCAAAGACGAGAUGGCAGAUUCUUCACAGCCCUCUGAGGGUGCUGAGCUCAGCCUGAGGCCGCAGGGCAGAAAGUCUAUCGGUGAGGUGGAGGCAGAAAGUGAAGAUGAAGAUGAUGAUGAUGACGACUGUAAAAAAGGCUCGAUGGAUGAGGGAACAGCAGGCAGUGAGGCAUUUGCCACAGAGGAAAUGUCCAACCUGGUCAUCUACAUCCAACCAGUCAAGUUCAACAGCUUUGAGGCUUCCAAAAAGAUCAAUCGCAGCUACCAGAUGUCGUCCUUCGUAGAGACCAAAGCUUUGGAGCAACUGACCAAAUCCCCUGUAGAGUUUGUGGAAUACAACAAGCUGCAGCUGAGCAGGAUCUACCCUAAAGGCACUCGAGUGGAUUCAUCCAACUACAACCCUCAGCUCUUCUGGAAUGCUGGCUGUCAGCUGGUGGCUCUCAAUUUCCAAACCAUUGAUUUGUCCAUGCAGCUGAACCUGGGCAUGUACGAGUACAAUGGCAAAUGUGGGUACAGACUCAAACCAGAGUUUAUGAGGCGACCAGACAAACACUUUGACCCUUUCACUGAGAGCACGGUGGAUGGGAUAGUAGCCAACACACUGUCUGUUAAGAUUAUCUCAGGCCAGUUCCUGUCAGAUAAGAAAGUGGGCACAUACGUGGAGAUCGACAUGUUCGGCUUACCCGUGGACACCAAGAGGAAAGCUUUCAAGACCAAGACAUCUCAGGGCAAUGCCAUCAACCCUGUCUGGGAAGAGGAGGCCAUUGUCUUCAAGAAGGUUGUUCUGCCAACACUUGCUUCAUUAAGGAUAGCUGUAUUUGAGGAGGGAGGAAAGUUCAUUGGCCACCGCAUCAUUCCUGUGUCAGCCAUCCGUCCAGGCUAUCACUACAUCAGCCUGAGAAAUGAGAAGAACCAGUCCCUGACGCUGCCCGCUCUGUUUGUGUAUGUAGAAGUGAAGGACUAUGUUCCAGACACAUUUGCAGAUGUCAUUGAAGCUUUGUCCAAUCCCAUCCGCUAUGUCAACCUGAUGGAGCAAAGAGCAAAUCAGCUGGCUGCUCUCACUCUGGAAGAGGGAGGAGAGGAGGAAGGUGACAAAGAGGUGGAGGCAGGAACUGACGCCCCCUCAGAAUCGAGGGUGGACCAGAGGGUAACGACUCCCGCAGAAAACGGACUGAGCCACACACCCAUCAUCACCCCGAAACCGCCGUCACUCGUCGGCCAGACUCAGUCUGCAGGCUCACUGAAACCAUCAGUGAAGAGUGAGGACAUCGUUCAGAGUGUUCUCACUGAACUGGAAGCUCAGACGUUGGAGGAGCUGAAGCAGCAGAAGGGCUUCGUUCGGGAGCAGAGGAAGCAGUACAAGGAGAUGAAGGAGCUGGUUCGGAAACACCACCGCAAGACCAGCGAGCUGAUCAAGGAGCACACAGCUCGCACGUCCGAGCUGCAGAGCCAGCAUCAGCGCCGGCGCUCCGCCCUGCAGAAGAGCCACAAACGAGACGGUAAGAAAAGCCGGUCCGAGCACUCUCUAUCCACCCUGGACAAGGAGCUGUGUGAGCUGGAUCAGGAGUGUAGCCAGCGGCUCGCUGAGCUGAAGGAGCAGCAGCAGCAGCAGCUCCUCACGCUUCGCCAGGAGCAGUACUACAGCGAGAAGUACCAGAAACGAGAGCACAUCAAACAGCUGGUUGAGAAGCUGACCACCAUAGCAGAGGAGUGCCAGAGUGCUCAGCUCAAGAAGCUCAGAGACAUCUGUGAGAAAGAAAAGAAGGAUCUGAAGAAGAAAAUGGACAAGAAACGGCAAGAGAAAAUUAAUGAAGCCAAAUCUAAAGACAAGAAUGUGACAGAGGAAGAGAAGCUGGAGAUCAACAGAUCGUUUGUCAAUGAGGUGGUGCAGUACAUCAAACGGUUGGAAGAUGCACAGAGUAAAAGACAGGAGAGACUACUGGAGAAGCACAAGGACAUCCGCCAGCAAAUAUUAGACGAAAGGCCAAAGCUACAGAGCGAUCUGGACCAGGAGUACCAGGACAAGUUUCGCCGGCUACCUGUGGAGAUCCAAGAAUUUGUUCAGGACAGCAGCAAGGCCAAACUUAGCGACGACGGAGUCAACGCAAACCUUGUCACGUCCUCGACAAUGGAAAAGCUCAACAGCAAGGCGUCGCAGUCUGAGGACGACACGGAGGAGGGCUCGUCGGAAAGAGUAUACGACACAUCCCUUUAGAGAUCUAAUCUCGGCACUCUGCUUCACACUGGGACACUGAUUGCUGGAUGUGUUUGUGGCUA